UUUAUUUUAUUUAGUGAAAGGGCAAAAUGGUUAAGUGAUUAUCAGAACUCCAUAAGCAAAUCUAAAGAAUCUUGAAAUUCCGAUCAGUCUUGUUGUUUCCGGCAGGAUUUGGUUGCAAAAGCCCAAUUGCUUCUUCUUCGAGGGUUUUCAUGAAAAUAUAACUAUGUGAGAAGUGGGAGAGGAUAAUUUCAGCCAAGGAACAUAGAACAAAGAGAAAAUGGGAUUUCGGAGAUUUCUCAAAGCCAUUCCUAAACCAACAGCUUCUGAUCGGACUUCAUUGCUACCUCUUGCUGUAAGAACGAUAGAUUCUUCAAUGUGUAGCACUAACAACCUCACACCUGUUGCCCAAAACCAACUGAAUCAACUCAUCGAAACCCACCUCAAACCCUCUUUCAAUGCCAAAGAUUUCCUCUCUUUUCUCAAGAACCGUGUCCAUUACCACCCUAUCCUAACUAACCUUGACUUCUACCUCUUCAACUAUGCUGCUUCUGUCGAUUCGUUCCGCCAUGAUCACACCACUUUUGAGUGGAUGGUCCGCACUCUUGCCACCACACACCGCCUCCAGUUUCUUACUACUCUCCUCCAAUUUAUUUCUUCUAAUCCCUGCCCGUGUGCUGAUGGUAUUUUCUCUUGCCCCAAAACUGAACCAAUUUUUCGUUUUGCCAUUAAUGCUUAUUGCAAGGCUGGUAGAUUUGAUGAUGCUUUGUUAGCUUUUGACACAAUGAGAAGAUUGAUUGAUGGGAAGCCUGAUGUUGCUGUUUGCAAUAUAAUAAUUCAUGGAUUUGUGAAGUUUAAGCAUUUUGAUAAGGCUCAGGAGUUUUACCAUAGGAUGAUUGGAGAUCGAGUAAAGCCUGAUGUAAUUACAUUCAAUACUUUGAUUUCUGGGUACUGUAAGAACUCGCAACUGGGCUCGGCUUUACAAAUGUUUAAGGAGAUGAAAACUCAUGGAUGUGCUCCAAAUGUAGUUAGUUUCAAUACUUUAAUUAAAUGGUUUCUUUUGGAUGGUAAGAUUGAGGAGGGGAUUGGGAUGGCCUUUGAGAUGACUGAGAUGGAAUGGGAGAUUUCAGCAGUGACUUGUGAGAUUUUGGUUGAUGGGCUUUGCAGGAAAGGAAUGGUGUUGAAAGCGUGUGAUUUAUUGGUUGACUUUUCAAGGAAAGGGGUGCUGCCAAGAACAUUUGAUUAUUUUGGGUUAGUUGAGAGGCUUUGUGGGGAAGAGAAUGUGGCCAGAGCAAUAGAAUUGGUGCAUGAGUUAUGGAGGAAUGGGAAUUCUCCAAGCUUGAUCGCUUGUACGACCUUAAUUGAAGGUUUAAGGAGAACAAGAAAGAUUGAUGAAGCAUAUGAAAUUAUGGAGAAAAUGCUGCAGGAAUGUAUGCUUCCGGAUAGUGUAACGUUUAAUUGUCUUCUUAGUGACAUGUGUGAAGCAGGAAGAGCGAAGGAAGCAAAUAAGAUGAGGUUAUUGGGUUUAAACAAGGGCUUGGAUCCUGAUACUGUGACAUAUAAUAUUUUGGUAUCAGGUUUUAAGAGGGAGGGUAAAAAGAAGGAAUCGGAAGCUUUGGUGGAAGAGAUGUUGGAUUUGGGGUUUAUACCUGAUAUUGCUACUUAUAACAGGUUGAUCAAUGGAGAAACUAAAUCAAAACGUUAAUUUUCUUUGCCCCUACUUUCUUCAAGUUGAGACUACUUGUAUGGUUUCAAGUUAUUGAUGGAGAAUAUCAAUGAUUAUUUGUCUUGUACUUUCAAUCAUCUGCAAAGAAGAUUGGUGAGUUAGAUAUCGUAGUAUUUUUCUGAGAGAAUCAACUGAAGCAGCAGCUUGGAGUUCUCAUGGCUGAAAAUGGUACGAAAACUGUCAUCAAUCAUCAUCAACUUCUCUUUUUCUGCACCGCAACAGAUCAUGGCUGAUAUGCUGCAUAUUUCUUAGCAUGGAGUACAAUGGACUCCACCGUGCCGAUUAAGAAUGAAGUUCUGCUAUGCUAGGAAGGACUAACAAUUAGCUAGAGAGAAUGAAAGAACAGUAUUAAUGUGUACCCUAUGGACAGUUUGUCCGCUGAGAAACACACACAUUUUGAGACUAUGUUUCUCAGAUCCUUCAAAAAUACCACCGGCUGUAUAUUGGAUCUUCCAAAAGUUAUUCAUUCUUGAAGGAUUCGACAUGAGUGGAGUAGCAUUUUUGGUCCACAUGCACAAGAAGCAUGGGUUCUUCUUACUUGAUGUUGAGUAUUUGGGGGAUCCUAAAGGCUUCCUCUCUUAUCUUGGUCUCAAGGCUAAAAAGUAUUACAUGUGCCUGUCUUGCUACAAUGGAUGUCAUCCUUUCGGUAGUUUAGAAGCAAUUCAGAAACGUAUGAAAGCAAAAAUUCAUUUCAAAGUGCAUAAUGGUGAUGAUGAAGAGAAGGAAUUAGAAGAGUUUUAUGACGAUAGCCAGCAGCUAGCACUGCAGCAUGGGUUUACAUCUAUGCAGAUUAAUAUUGAUGCUUACGAGGUAAUUACAUUGAUACAUGUUCCUAAUGUCCUUCAUUCGCCUGUUCUUAGUGAUUGCAGGUACCUCAUCCGGCUUUUGGGUAAUCCACCAGUGCAUCAUAUCUACAGGGAGCGAAACAUCUUAGCAAAUAGAUUAGCAUUUAUGGCUUCGACAACAAAUUUGGGUAGUAAAAAAUACAACUUUUCGGAAUCCUCCUUCUCAAUUACUAGAUGUUUUGUUGGACGACCAAGUGGGAAGGAUGCAUACAAGACAAAUAGAUUCGACAAGUAUACAGGCAACUGGAGAGUGGAGAAGCAAUCACAACAGACCAGGAGGUGUUCAAAUUUUGCUUCAAAUGCUCCUAACUGCCCCUCUUAUCAGCUUCAUUGGUUUUGCUUCCUGCGUUUGUGCUUGAUCUGCAGGUUCUUCAACAGCUCCAUCAAUGCCCUGCAGUUAUAGAUAGUAUUAGCAAAAGAUUCAGUUCCUUCAUGAAGUAAGUUAAUUGUGUCUUCCGAGUCUGAUACUACUUCGAUGGCUUUGAAGUUCAUGUUCACAGUCAGUUUUUUUUAGUAAUUUUUUACUCCUAAAACGUUACUACUAUGAGUAAUGUAUAUCAAUCUAACGCCGUCAACUUUUUAAAAAUAAAAAUAUAUCCUAAAACGUUACUAUGAAA